AUGGAUUCUUGUUCUCAAUCAUCCAUGUCUUCCGGAUGGAGUGCAUCCUCUGGAAGUCAUACAAAAGGCGAUUUGCUUCAGAUACAACAAAUGAAGCUUCAGAAUCAGCAUUUGAUGCAGCUUAAUGCUCAACUUCAAGCUAAUAUUGAUAACCUCAACAAGCAAUUAGCUCAGGCUCUCACUACAGCUGCAAAGGUUGAUCCUCUCCAUCAACAGAACUGUGAACUUAAGUCUCAGAUUCGCGAACUUACAGCUAAAUCUGAGAAGCAGGCUAAAGCCCUCGAGAAGGAAAUCGAAUCACUUAAUACUAAGAUUGAUACAGAGCGUGAAAAAGCAGAAGUUUUCUCCAAUGCUACAAAUUCAUCAAUGAAGAAGAACACAGAAGAGCGUCAGAACCUUGUUUCCGAGGUUGCACGUCUCACUGCAGAACUCAAGUCCACACAGGACCAGCUUCACACUAUCACAGAUCGUGCAAACAAAUUGACCAAGCAAAGAGCUAAGCUUGAUCAGAAGAAUAAGGAGCUAACAACAACAAUUGGUGCUGCUAAUGAUAAACUCGCAGAAACAUGCCAGGCUAAUGAAGAGUUCGAUACAAGACUCAAGGAAGCCUUAGCUGAGAUUGAUCAGUUGAAUGAAGAGCUUGCCAACAUGACUGCUCAUGCUUCAGAUUCUGAUCAGCAGCUUGCUCUUGCAAAUGCUAAGAACCAGAAUCUUGAGGAAACACUUCAGACAAUUCAGGAGCAGCUUCAGCUCAAGACAGACGAGCUUACACAAGUUAGUGAUGAAAGAAAUCAGCUCUAUGAAGACAACCAGAAACUUAACGGACAGGUUUCAAAUUCUGAAGAACAGAUCCAACAGUUAACAGCUGAAAAAGAAACAUUAACACAGAAAGUCAAAAAGCUCUCAGCUUUAACUCCAGCUAGCUUCGGUGAUGUUGUUAAUUUCAACGAACUCGCAUUACCAUUUAAUGAUGAGAUCGUUGAGAGAAUCAAGAAGAUCUUCUCUUACGACCACUUCCAGCCAACCCACAAAGUUCAGUUAUUGAUCAAUGAACUUUCCAAGGAUUUGACUUCAUUCGAGUCUAAGACACAAAACGCCACACAAGAGCAAGAAAAGCUUGAUGGUGAGUACAAGAAGCUUGAAGCUCGUGCUCAAAAGCUUGAAGAACUCCUUUCAUCUCUCCUUACACAGUGGAAGAACUUGGAGUUCACCCAAGAAAAGAUCAACACAGCUGCAUUUGCUAUUGAAGACAAGGCAUUCCUUGAUCUCAUUGGCAGCAAUGGCGCAAAUUGCGAUUGUAUCAAUAAAUGCGCAGAAUUACUUGGCCCAAUGUUCGGUCAGUUCGAUCUUUUCUCAGAGGAUGCUGUUGAAAGACGUCAACAAAUUGUCAACGAAGUUUGCCAGAGUGAUAAAGAACUCGGCUCUCUUCUUGCUGCUAUAUUCCUUAUCAACACACGUCUUCAAGAGCAAAUCCACUCUGCUCAAGAAGCACUUGUUCACAAGAAUGAAUUCAUGAAGCAUUUGGAAGCAUGUGGCGUCAACGAAAUUGGAGAGAUCACAGCUGCAUUUGAUGAUUUGAUCGAAAAGAUCGAACACUUAAAGAUGACACGCAAGGAAAUCCACAAGUCUCUUCGUGAUGCUCGCAAUGAAAUCAAUGAGAAGAAUCAACAACAAGAGCAGCUUAAGGCUGAAUUAAACACUGCCAAUACAGAGCUUCAAACAUUGCAAGCUGAAAACGCUCAGCUCAAAUCUGAUCUCAACAAACUUACAGUUGAACAAACAAAGCAUGAGCAAGAGUCAGAAGUUGCCAAGAAGAACGUCGAAGAACUUGAAAAUCUCAAGAAGAAGAACAAACAAUUACAGGAAGCCAUCACAGAAGCCAAUGAGGAGAACCUCACAUUAAAGAAGGCUAUUGAUGACAUCAACUGCAAUCAUCAGCAGCAUGUUGUUGAAGAGAAGAAAGCUGAAAGCGAAUCAAGAACAAACGAAGCACUUGCUGCUAAGGACCAGGAAAUCAAGCAGCUUCAACAGAAGCUUGAAAAGACAAAGAAGAAGGCUCGCACAAUGAUCAAGGAUAUGAAGACCCAACACGAGUCUGAAAUGAAUGCAAUGGCUACUGAAUUAGAAAACCAAAAGGCUGCACUCACAGAAUCUCUUCAGGAAAUGACAGAUAAGGCUCAUAAGGCCAAAUCAGAGUCAAAGAAGGUUAUGGAUCAGAGUGCUGAGAAUGAAAAGAAGGCCAAAGCACUUGAAAUCGAGAAAGUCAAGCUUCAGAAGACAAUCAAGGAUCUUGAAUCAAAGAUCAACAAUAUUCUUGAGCAAACAACCAAACAACAAGCCACAGAUAAGAAGAACUAUCAAGCUCAGUUGUUAGUUGCUAAGCAAGAUUCACAGAAGGAAGUUAAUGACAUCAAGAAUAAACUCACAAAAGAAAAGAAGGAAUUUGUUGAUCAUGUCAAGCGCUGCCUUGGUUCAAUUUAUGGAAUCAGCGAUUUCAGCAUUGAUGAUGACUCUAUUGAUCAACUCUUUGAACGUGCCCGUAAGGAUGUCGAAAAACUCAAGUUCUUCCAGGCUGAAGCUACCAAAUUCUAA